CACGGCUGUAAUUGCACCGGUGGGUUGAUGGCGUCAUUCCGUGGCCCUGUGUAGCCUCCUGUGCUCGCUAGCAGAAGGAGCGAGGAUCUGAGGCCGACGCGCGCGGCUCCGGCGCCCGGGAACGAGCAGCGCCAAGCCGGACUCUUCACCCAGGAAACAUGGAGGCCGCGGCCGAGGAGGAGCUGCGGGCCGGCUCCCGGAUUCCGGUCACCAUCGAGCAGAUAGUGAAUGACACCCUGGUAGUGACGCUCACCUACAAAGAAAGGAGUUACACCGGGAUUUUGCUCGACUGCAACAAAAAGACUGGGUUGUUCUGCCUACCGGAUGUUGUAGGAAAGUCAGAAGAGCCUCUAAUACCCAAACAAGAAUCAUCUGACAUAAUAAAUGAGGAGCCAUGCUCCAAGCCAGCCAUUCAGUCAGCCCAGAGACCAAAGGACGAGAACACGGAGCCUGAUAAACCAUCUCCUGUUCCCUUACCCAUCCCAGUACAGCCAGGCCAGCCUACCUACCCACCCUACUUUGAGGGUGCACCUUUUCCCCAGCCUGUGUGGGUACGUCACACAUACAGUCAAUGGGUUCCUCAACCUCCACCCCGACCAAUCAAAAGAAAGAAGAGACGAUCUCGAGAGCCUGGCCGCAUGACCAUGAGCACCAUUAGACUGCGUCCUAGACAGGUGCUAUGUGAAAAGUGCAAGAACACGGUCACCAGCGAUGAGGACAGUAAAGAUGGCUCAGCUUUGUCCAAGCCUUCCAGGAAGGAGAAUGCGCCACAAGGGGAGGAGCAUGCCAAGGAUGCCACACCUAAAGGAUUCAGGAAGGAAGAUGGCGAUGGCUCAAGGGAAUCCAAGAGGCGAGACGAAACUCCAUGCUAUGAAAGCAAGCGUUGUCGAAAAGAGAGGAAGGAAGAUGAAAAGUUUCCAGGAGGUGAUGUAGUCCCACACAGUCCUGUGAUAAAGAUCUCCUAUAGCACUCCACAAGGGAAAGGGGAGGUAAUGAAAAUCCCAUCUAGAGUUCAUGGUUCUGUGAAACCUUUCUGUCCCAAGCAGCUGAUGCAAAAUGGGCUUGGGGAGCACGACAACAGCCGCGAACCCAGAAAAGAGACGCGAUCUGCUGUCGAUUCCAUUCGAACUGGUCUUACUGUAUCUAUCCCCAAACUUAAACUCCCAAAGCUGACUGAUCAGGACAUCCCGUCGCCUAAAAUCCGCUUAAAGACUCGUGGGGAUGGUGUGGAGCGUGUGUCUGUGUAUGAGGCAGAACUGGUCGGAGAGGCAAGGCGCAGGAGUCCCAGAAUCCCUGGUUCAGGAUUGACUCGAGCCGAGGACUCGGGGGACAAAAAUUCCCUGGAACUCUGGUCAAGUGAGGAAACUGAGCGGCACGGUGAUCUCACACUCCUAAUCAACUUUGGGAAGCGCAAAGCGGACUCGUCCAGCCUUUCAGUGUGUAGCAGUGACAGCCUAGACGAGUCCAAGUCAUUCAGCUCAGACGGCACGUCACCAGAGUUGUGUGAGCUGGCGCCUGGCGAUCAUGUUAUUGGUGUAUCGUCCUCGGUGUCAACAACAUCAUCAGGUUCACGGGCCGAAGGUAGGACAGUGCCACCACUGACUGUGAGGUUACACACACGCAGCAUGAGUAAGUGCUUAACGGAGGAGGGCCACGCUGUAACUGUUGGUGAUGUAGUGUGGGGAAAGAUACAUGGCUUCCCCUGGUGGCCAGCCAGAAUCUUGAGCAUUAGCGGCACUCGGCGAGAGGAGGAUGAGGCAGAUGCACCAUGGCCUGAAGCCAAAGUGGCCUGGUUCGGCUCACCGACCACCUCACAGCUUUCUGUGGCUAAACUUUCACCCUUCCGUGAAUUCUUCCGGCUGCGCUUCAACCGCAAGAAAAAGGGCAUGUACCGGCGCGCCAUCAUUGAGGCGGCUAAAGCGGUGGGUCACAUGAGCUCUGAGAUCACCUCCCUGCUGUCACACUGCGAAACAUAGGAUUAAAAAAGGGGAAGGCUGGACUCUGGCUGGAUUCAGGACCCUGUGCUCCCCUUAUGUCAUUCCCAACUUGGACGGAGUGCAUUUGCUACAGAUCUCGUGAGUGAAGGUGCUUUUAUUUUUUCACCUGCCUGGAAGGAGAAAUCAGCAAACACGCAAUGCAGUUGUUGAGGGCUUGAGGGUGCAAGCAGGCAGGAACAUCUGGUAAACACAAGAGAAGAACUCUUCCUCUCCACCUGUUUUUCUACCCUAUUGAUUUCUUCAGGACUUCUGUUUUAGUCUAAUAAGUAGCUCAACACUAAAUCUGAAUGUAUUUAUUGCCAGUGACGCACAGGCAACCUGGCUCAUACGAUCAAUCCCACCACUGCUGUUUUCUGUCGGUGAAGAGCUCCUGUCUGUCAACUGAGCUACAAUAACUAAUGAAUCCAUCAUGGAGACCGUCAGCCAGCCUGCUCUAGUGACGUUCACCAAGUCCACUUUAGCAGGAAAAUUCGGACCUCCACACGACGCUAAAUAACCUGGCUUUCUUUGAGGUCUCUUUCCUUUUAUUUUCAAAACUGAAAAUGUGAAACACUUUUUUUGUUCUUUUUUUUUUUUUGUAUCCUCUGCAUCUAGAGAUCAUUGUGUAGGUCUUAAAACAUGCAGUAUGUCGUCAUUGAUGAUGGGUAUAUUUUCCCCAGAGGGCCGAAUUUCUUCAACCGGCUUGUUCUUUUUUUUCUCAUUUAUUUUUCAUUUUUAUUAUGAUGUUAUGUUGCUCUUGGUCUGAAGGCCUUGAGAACUGUGUCAUGGCUUGUUUGAGAAUCACAGAGUUUCAUAUGUACUUGCUUUAAUUAUUUAAUGUGUCAUGUAAAGAAAAGCACUUUAUCUGUACCUUCAGUGGCCUGCUGGACACUCGUACAAUGAACACUAAAGUAGAGUUUUACGGCUGUGAACGGCAGACAAGCUCUGAUCAGCCCUCUGGUUCAAACAAUCACACCUGGCGCCUGGAAAGUGACUUCUUUUCUAUCAGGUUUGGACAUGGAUGGGAAAACAAGACGCUUUCAGGAACUAGUUGUGUACACUGUAUUAUUGCGGUUAGUCUGUUUUGUCAACCUGCAUUUGUUUUCCUUCGCACCACCGUCUCCCUACAAAUGAAAUUUUCCACUGGAGAAAUGGACAGAAGUGUAUACUCCUAUGCAUCACAUCUUUAUUAAAGCUUUAAAAAAGAAAAAAAAACGUAAACCUGCUGUUAUGGUACUAUGAAUUCCAUACCCACGUCCUCUGAGCACCAGGCAGAAUUGAAUUGCAUUCAUGCUGCAGGAUUGUUGACUUGUUUUUUCUUCAGGUGGAAAAGUGAGUCUUUCUAGUCAGCAGCUGACCUUUUAGGGCCUUGAGAAUUUAAAGAGCCACUUCAGUGAGGGAUCAAGCAUGGAAACCAGGGAGGAAAAGAGGUGGGGGAAGGGAGCCAAACCCGAGCGGAGGUAUAUUUUAAGCUCACUGCUAAGCGCAAAGCGUCUCACCACUGCAUUUCAAUGGUAGGUUCUUGUACUUUUUACAGAGCUCCUUUUUUUUCCCUUCUUUCCGAAACGGUUUUUGAAGGAUGACAAAAUCACGAGUGCCCGUGCAAAUGACACUCAACCGUUGUCCUCAGAUCAGUGGAAUUUUUUUUACAUGGUGUACAUAAAAUAAAAUAUACAAACAAUCA